AUGUUAAGUAAUCAAUGGAUAUCUUUUGGAGUUUUAUCACAAUCAACACCAAUGGCAUCGAACUCCUAUAAUUCGCCAUCUUUCUAUGGCUGGGGACAAUGCACCACUCAAACGUUUUUGAAUGGUUCAAACCAAAACGGUUAUGCUGGCUAUGACGGUGAUAUUAAAGAAAAUGAUCUUAUUGAGUUAAUCAUAAAUUGUGAAACAAACAAUAUUCGGUUAAUUAACCACCGCUCGACAAAGCGUUAUCAAAUACCAAUUGAUGCAAGCAAAUGUCCAUUCCCUUGGAAGUUGUCUGUUAACCUUGUUAAUAUAAACGAUCGUGUACGCAUCGUAAGAUAA